AUGGCUGUCAAUGCCUUCCAACUGAUCGUGAAUCUUCCAGGCGCUGUCGUCCUUGCUCAUUCAUUACGUGACAAUGGAACCAAGGCCAAGCUGGUCGUCCUCUAUACGCCCGAUACCCUACAGCCAGCCACGAUCCAUGAACUUCAGACCGUCUACGAUGAACUCGUCCCCGUUCAUCCAACCAUAAACAACACCCCAGCGAACCUCUGGCUUAUGGACCGCCCGGACCUGAUUGCCACCUUUACUAAGAUCGAGCUCUGGCGACAAACACAAUACAAGCGUAUAGUGUACAUUGACUGCGAUGUGGUUGCGGUGCGGGCUCCCGAUGAACUCCUGUCCCUAGAAGUAGACUUUGCCGCCGCCCCCGACGUGGGCUGGCCCGACUGCUUCAACAGUGGUGUAAUGGUCUUGCGACCCAACGUGCAGGACUACUUUGCGCUCAAAGCGUUGGCGGAGAGGGGCGUCAGCUUCGACGGCGCUGACCAGGGCCUCUUGAAUAUGCAUUUUCGGAACUGGCAUCGGCUCAGCUUCACGUAUAACUGCACGCCUAGCGCAAACUACCAGUACAUCCCGGCCUAUAAGCACUUCCAGAGUACGAUCAGUAUGGUGCAUUUUAUCGGUGCCCAGAAACCCUGGAACAUGCCCAGGCAGGUUUCCCCAACGGAGGCGCCGUACAACCAGCUGCUGGGCCGAUGGUGGGCUAUCUAUGAUCGACACUAUCGUCCGGUGAUAACGACACCGAUCAGUCGGUCGGAUUCGAGACCCCUUACACCGACACAGCACCAAGUCUACGAGAAAGUCUCUUUGGAAUCACGUCCACCCCAAUCUCCCAGGCCGGUCCCUCAUAUACAUUUUGCAGAGCCUUCUCCACAAGAACCUCUCGGGGAGUUUGAACCGAGUAUACCACCAACGCCCCAGGUACUACCGCCCCUUGUGCCAUCCGAGGGUGGCGAACACUAUGUUGAACAUAUUCCUCCGAAACCGCCUGCGCCUACCCAAGACGCGCUGCCAGGUAGCUCGGAAUGGCCUACCAUGGCUUCGGAGUCUGGCGUUGAGGCACCUGUGCCCGCACCUCCGGCCCCAGUGCUAAGUGUCGUACCGCAAUAUGUUCGUGGAGAGGAGCACGUGGCGACAUACGUAACUCAACAUCAUGGUACAACGACAGCUGCCAUACCCGCUCAACAUUAUCUCGAGACGGAAAUUCCGCAGACGAGCCAUGCGCCUUCGCAUCCAGGUGGACCCCAGGCCUACCAAGCGCCAGCUGAACCCGCGCCUCCGAGCGAGCCGUCCCAUCAACCGCCUCCAAUCCCACCGGAACCCCCUAUUUUCGAAGCCCCAAAGUCCGAAUGGGAUGCCUCAAGGGAACCACCCCCACGAAAUACGAAACCCGAAGGAAUCGCUCUGGAGAAAAAGACAUACGAAAUGUCAGACGAUCGCCAGCUCUUCCAGCCACCGCCAUCCUACCCUGAGGCGCCCAAGAACAUGUACUACGAGGUCCCCAAGACAAAGCCGGAGCCGACGAAGGUGGCGCAGAUAUUCCCGUGGGAAAGCCAUGCGCCAAAACCAACCCGCGUCUUCCUCGAAGACGAGCAAAGCUCUGUCUCCGCCCCGAGUACCAAGCCUUCUAUUGAUUCCACCGCGAACGUAGCAGAAUCAGCGCAAUCCGCCCGAUCCAUCACCUCUUGGUCGUCGGAGGAGGCCCAGCCCCCGUCCUUCGUCUCAUGGGACACAUACUCCCGGUCGAACGCAUGGGACGAAAUCCCGGAGAUCCAGAAGUAUAUCCAGUCAAUCCAACCCCGCAAGGCCAAAGUCCAAGUCUUGUCUGGCACCGCCGGCCCGUCAGCCAGCGCAGCUGCAGGUCCCACCGGCACCCGGUUGACCGAUUUUCCCAGCGAAGAGGAGCGGCCCAGUCUUCCCGUGACGCCCGCACCCAUUCGACGGGCGCCGCCGUCCCCCUCGCGGCGGGACGAGGACAUGGCUACUGAGCAGUUCCCGGCCGCGCAGGGAGUGCCAAACCAGGAGGACUGGGUGGGUUUCACGGUUGAUGUGUUUUCGCAGUUGUUACGAGCGACAUACUUAUACUGGAAAUUUACAGAAUCCAUCGAUGCGCCUCGAGGACCUUCUUCGGCGGCAAUCUGA